AUGGCAGAAAGCUGGUCUUUCUUGGAUACUUUUGAGCCUAACUUCAGGCCUCUGGUAGUAAUUGAGCUUGCAAAAGGCACCAAAGAGGAAACUAUAGAAUGGUUCACUAAACGAAUUGUGGACAAAAAAGCAAAUGGAGGUGCACAACUGCUGGUUAAACCAUUGGUCACAGAAAAUGGAGAUGAAACUAUCUAUCUAGUUGGAGCUUCCCACUUAAGGCUGUUGCUGGGAGCUGAAACUGUGGGUUUGGUGAAAGAAUGUAAUGAUAACUCAAUGAGGACUUUUACAUACAGCAGUAGAAAAACUUUUAAAGAUUUUGCAGAUGACAAUCACAAUUUCCUUACAAUGGCAGAAUGUCAGUAUAUCAUCAAACAUGAACUCGAAAAUUUGAGAGCUAAAGACGAAAAAAUCAUCCCUGGAUAUCCUCAGGCAAAGCUGUAUCCAGGAAAAUCAAUUGUGAGAAGAUUAUUGACCAGUGGUAUUCUAGUUCAGAUUUUCCCGCUGCAUGAUAGAGAAGAGUUGAAAAAGCUCCGUCACAGCUGGUAUGGCCGGGUGAAAGUUGGCUAUCAACCUUUAGAUGAGAUACGCUGCUACUUUGGUGAAACUAUUGCUCUCUACUUUGGCUUCUUAGAGUACUUCACAUUUGCUUUGAUUCCAAUGGCUGUCAUUGGGAUUCCUUAUUAUGUGUUUGCAUGGGAAGACUAUGACAAAUAUGUGAUGUUUGCCACAUUUAAUCUGCUCUGGUCCACUGUGAUACUGGAAGUUUGGAAGCGGAUUUGCGCCAUCGUGACAUACCGUUGGGGGACGCUGUUGAUGAAACGACAGUUUGAAGAACCAAGACCAGGCUUCCAUGGUGUCCUGGGUAUCAAUCCCAUCACUGGGAGAGAGGAACCAGUGUACUCGAGUAUUAAGAGACAGAUACGGAUUUAUCUGGUGUCCUUACCAUUUGUGUGCCUUUGCCUCUACUUCUCACUGUACGUGAUGAUGAUUUACUUUGACUUGGAACAGUGGGCUCUGGAUUAUCAUGAAGAGAAUGAGUCUAACUUCAGCAGCUUGAUGCUGUUUGUGCCCAGUAUCAUAUAUGCUGUUGUGAUUGAAAUUAUGAACCGUAUCUAUCGCUAUGCUGCUGAAUUCUUAACGUCAUGGGAAAAUCACAGGCUGGAAUCUUCAUACCAGAAUCAUUUAAUUCUGAAGGUUUUAGUGUUCAACUUCUUAAAUUGUUUUGCAUCCCUCUUCUACAUUGCCUUUGUGCUGUUUGAUAUGAAGCUUUUGAGGCAGAGCUUGGCCACUUUGCUGAUAACUUCGCAGAUCCUCAAUCAGUUUGCAGAAUCCUUGCUUCCUUACUGGCUCCAAAAGAGACAGAAGAAGAGGAUGAAGAAACGCAUGUGUUCUCUGAAAACAGAUACGGAUCUGUCACUAGUCGAGCAAGUCAACUUGGAGAGAGAAAUGGGCACCUAUUUUGGUACUUUUGAUGAUUACCUGGAGUUGUUCUUACAGUUCGGCUAUGUGAGUCUUUUCUCAUGUGUUUAUCCACUGGCAGCUGUCUUUGCAGUAUUAAACAACAUCACAGAGAUAUAUUCUGAUGCCUUAAAGAUGUGUAGAGUUUACAAGCGUCCAUUUGCAGAACCUACAGCAAGUAUCGGUGUUUGGCAGUUGGCUUUUGAAACUAUGAGUGUAAUAUCAGUAGUCACUAAUUGCAUACUGAUUGGAAUGUCUCCACAAGUGAAUGCCCUUUUUCCAGACUCAAAAAUGGACCUUAUUCUGACUGUGGCAUUGGUAGAGGUAAGCCUCUGUGCUGUUAAAUUUUUGUUAAAUUAUUUCUGUGUUUGUGACAG